GGAGCUGCGCCGUCGCCGCCCCCCAGGCGCCUGCGGCCCGCGGGCGGGGAGAACCGGCGGCCGCAGCAGCUGUCAGCGCGGCGCCGGCGGGUGCGAGCGGCGGCCCCGCGCCCCUGGGGCAGCGUCACGGCCGGGCCUCGCCGCCGCCGCCACAAAGCGGCAGCGCCCGGGCUGGCGGCCCUCGGCAGCGAGUGAAGGGCAGCCGCUACGCGAGGGGUGGCGCGGGCCGCCCGCUGCCCUGCCGCCUCGCCUCCCCCCGCGCUGGCGGAGCCCCGCCAUGGAGGCUGCCGCGCAGGAGGGGAUCAGUGUCCAGGAUGAGGCUGUGGACAAAAGCAAGUUUAAGGAAUGCAACCAGAUUGCUUUUUAUAGGCGUCAGAAACUUCUACAUCCUGGAAAAUCCUCGUAUCGAGCAUUGUUGGAUUCUGUCACAUUAAGUGAUGACAAUGUCAAAUUCCAAAUUAUUCAUGAGGAGAAUAAGGUUCUUCUGCAGGUAGAAAUUUGGGAAAUAGAGGGCAAUAUUUUCAGGCUUAAAAUUAAUGAGGCAGCUCCUCUCAGAGCAAGGUACGAAGUUCUUGAUGUUCUCAUAAAGGAACCUGCCACCCAGAGACUCUCUAUAUCCCAUAAAGAGGCAGGUAUUUUGGUGCUGAAGAGUGUUAAUGAGGAGUACAAGCUUCAAGUCACAGCAGACCCCUUCCAGAUUGAGCUACAGUCCAAGAAUGAGAUUGUUCUGAGCAUGAAUUCCAAUGGGUUGUUAUAUUUUGAGCACUUAAAACCACCUCCCAGUGCUAGCAAAACUACAGCAGAAAACAAGGAGGAGGCAGCAAGUGACUCCUCUAAGGAGAAACAAGAGGAUCUAGGUCUCUGGCAAGAGAAAUUUGGCAGAUUUUUAGAUAUCAAAGCUCAUGGCCCUAGUUCUGUAGGUGCGGACUUCUCUUUACAUGGAUUUGAGCAUGUUUAUGGAAUACCACAACAUACAGAAACACUCCUUCUCAAAAACACCAGUGAUGGUGAUGCCUACCGGCUUUAUAAUUUGGAUAUCUUUGGCCAUAAGAUACAUGACAAAAUAGGCAUUUAUGGUUCAGUGCCCUUUCUCUUAGCCCACAAGCCUAACAGAACUUCUGGGAUCUUCUGGCUGAACUCUUCAGAAACGCUGGUGGAUAUUAGCACAAAAGCAGUAGCUGAGCAUGUGCCCUCCAGAUCCACUGCAGAGACUGCUAAGCAGAGGGUACUGCCUCGAACUGAUGUGCGCUGGAUGUCAGAGAGUGGGAUCAUUGAUGUUUUCCUGCUGAUGGGACCCACCGCUUUUGAUGUCUUCAAGCAGUUUGCACAACUGACAGGCACUCAAGCGCUACCUCCCCUUUUUUCUCUGGGCUACCAUCAGUGCCGCUGGAAUUACGAGGAUGAGCAAGAUGUCAAGGCAGUAGACACUGGCUUUGAUGAACAUGACAUUCCUUAUGACGUGAUAUGGCUGGACAUUGAGCACACGGAUGGGAAGAGGUAUUUUACCUGGGACAAGAAGAAGUUCCAGAACCCCAAAAGGAUGCAGGAGCUUCUCAGGAAGAAAAAACGCAAGCUUGUCGUCAUUGUAGAUCCACACAUUAAGGUUGAUCCCACAUACACCCUGUAUUCACAGGGCAAAGACAAGGGAUAUUUUGUGAAAGACAGGAAUGGGCAAGAUUUUGAGGGCAUCUGUUGGCCAGGUUCUUCUUGUUACCUGGAUUUCACCAAUCCUGAAGUACGAAAAUGGUAUGCAGAUCAGUUUGCCUUCAAAACAUACAAGGGGUCAACUAAUAUCCUCUUUGUGUGGAAUGACAUGAAUGAGCCUUCAGUCUUCAGAGGGGCAGAGCUAACAAUGCAGAAGGAUGCUGUGCACUACAGCAGCUGGGAGCACCGGGAAGUUCACAACCUAUAUGGAUUCUACCAGCAAAUGGCAACUGCAGAUGGACUCAUCAAACGUUCUUUGGGAAAAGAGAGACCAUUUGUCCUCACACGAUCUUUCUUUGCUGGAUCACAGAAGUAUGGGGCAGUGUGGACUGGAGACAACACAGCAGAGUGGGAAUACUUGAAAAUCUCCAUUCCGAUGCUGCUCACCAUCAGCAUAGCAGGGAUUUCAUUCUGUGGAGCUGACGUGGGAGGGUUUAUUGGAGAUCCAGAACCAGAAUUACUUGUUCGUUGGUAUCAGGCUGGAGCCUACCAGCCUUUCUUCAGAGGUCAUUCUAACAUGGAGAGUAAAAGGCGAGAACCGUGGCUCUUUGGAGAGAAGAACACCCGGAUCAUCAGGGAAGCCAUUAGUGAGCGCUACAUCCUCCUGCCCUACUUAUAUACACUGUUCUAUCGGGCACAUACAGCAGCUGAACCGGUUAUGAGGCCUCUCUGGAUAGAGUUUCCAGGGAAAAUAGACACUUUUGGUGUGGAAAAUGAGUACAUGCUGGGAAAUGCUUUGCUGGUGCAUCCGGUCACUGAGCGAGAGGCCAGGACAGUGAGUGUUCUGCUUCCUGGGUCAGAGGAGAUUUGGUAUGAUUUCAGAAAAUUUAAACGAAUGGAAGCUGCAGGCACUCUGAAGAUCCCAGUUACACUGGAGAACAUUCCUGUGUUCCAGCGUGGGGGGACUGUGAUACCUCUGAAGACCAGAGCUGGAAAAUCCACUGAAUGGAUGAUAGAUAUUUCUUACGAACUCCGUGUGGCCCUGGACGCAGAGGGCUAUGCAAAAGGUGAACUCUACCUAGAUGAUGGGCAUUCAUUCCAGUACCUCCACGAGAAGCAGUUCCUGCACCGGAAAUUCACUUUCCAAAAGCAGGUUCUCUCUUCCAGUUGCAGAGAUGAAAAAGGACAAUACCGCACUACAUGCAUAGUUGAACGGGUGAUAAUUCUGGGACUUGGACUGCAACCCAUGUCUGUGACAACAUGUUUAAAGGAUGAGAAAGAAGAAGUGGUUUUCACAUACGAUACGAAGACAUGUGCGUUGAUGCUGGAAAAAUUAGCCCUGAGUGUUGGUGCCGACUGGGAGAUUCAUAUCAAGUGAAAGGAGAAACAGCUUCUUUGGAGAACUCACUGAGAGGUUGAAAGGAAACAGAUUUGGAGGUGUUAAAAUGCUUGUUUGAAUCCGGUUAGAUCGAAGAACAUAUUUCCCUCCCUACAAACUAACAUUUCCUACAGUCUUUUUUUUUAAAUAGUAAAUUAGACUUGAGUGGCUCUUCUCAAGUCAGUAGUUGGCAAAAGUAAUAGCAAUGGGAUUGUAAUCACCAUCUGGUCUAGGCUAGCUUCAGUAAGACCUUAAGGUGAAAUUCUGCCUUCACUUGCGCCAGAAAAUCCUGACUUGAUGAGUGGGUGAGGUUGUGGCUGGUUGGCAUGGGGUUUACUGUAAGUAUCUGGAAAUCCAACCAUUCACAGACUAGAGCACUUGGGAAGAGCAGCUCUGUGCCAGUUUAACAAACAGCAUUGAUAGCUAUGUCAGAUGUGGAGGUUAUGGCCAGAGUUCUGCUUGCAAGCUGCUUUAUGAAAACAAACCCAGAAGGAGCCACCCGGCGUGAUUACAGGCACUUCCCCUUUCCAAACCUUACAACAGUGCAAAAUCAGGCAGUUUGUACAGAAAAAUAAACAACAGGCUAGCUUAACAGUUCAGGCUGAAUUGAAAGUAAGGUUUGAAUAGGCAGUGCCAGGCAGUUGUGUGCUAGUGAAAGCAUAUAAUGUGGAAAUGGAGAAGUCUUUUUGACAACUGGAUUUGAGACUGGAUUUUCAAGAAGGCACAAGUCUGCAGAAGUGCAGUACUGGCUUAGGGUAGCAGCAGGACUUCUAUGGAAAUACUUUGCACAUUAUUGCUCCCCUCUCAGCCAGUGCAACUUUUUGUUAAAAAAAAAAAAAGCCUUUUGUUAGGAAGGAAUUGUCUGUGUGUUUGGAUGCGUGAAUGUUGUUGGUUACAACCAACCUGGUACAGCAACUUUGCUUGGACAGCUCUGCUCAUAUCUUUCAAUUCCUACUAAUGUCCAGCUUUUUUUAGAUAUAUUUUAGCAAUUUCUUGGUCAGUUUUAUUAUCUAGCUGAGCUUUGAGUUUAGUAGGUGGCAAUGGAAAAGUUUUUUGGGGCAAAGGAAACUUGAAGUGCUUGAGAUUUUCUUUAUAGCAGAAAAUAUUCUUAAAUUUAAUAGAAUUCAUUCUGCAUUUAGCCUUUCCCUUUCAUGCAUAUUCCCCCAUUCUCUUACAACUCACCCUAAUGCUCUCUUGCCUCACAAUCCCACCUUCUCUGCAAACAGAACUGGAGUGCUCCACUACUGCCUUCCCUUUUCAGAGCCAGGAGACACAUCCUGAGAGUCCUACAUCCCCUACAUCCUGCAUAUGCCCACUACCCUUUCCGGGCAAUGCAUCUCUCCUCACAGGCUGCUGUUAUGCCACAAUUUAAGUUGAUUGGCCUUUCCAUUUGCUACAGUUGUCAAAUAUUUUAUUUCAAAAUCAAUUCUGCUUUAAGUCAAGCCUGAACAUACCAUCAGCUGGGUUUUAUGGAUAUAAAAGAACAGAAUUUAUUUAUUUUUUUUUCAGCAAGGUAAGGAAAUAUGUUCUAAAAAGAUCAGUAAAUUGACUCUUGAGGAGCAGAGAGGCAUGGUUAACAUUUUUGCCGACUAAAGGGAACAUAACCAUCCACUUGUGCAAUGUGCCCUGCUCUUCUUACUAAGCCCUCCCUGAGCUUAGUCAGUCAGUCAUUGCCACCUGCUGCUGUUUGUCCUCCGCAGGGCAGAUUUCUGCAAAUAUCAAGUGUAAGAGCAAACUGUGAUUACUCUGCUCUUGACUACUGAGUGCAACUUGUUCCCCACCAGACCCCUAGGCUCAUUCUUCUUUAGUCUGCAGAGCUGUUUUUCAACCCCUCUAGCAGGCACUGUGAGCCUCUGCUGUAGGAGUUGGGGACUGGCAGCCUAAACAGUGCUGUUCUUAAUGCAGGCAAGUGGAAUAGCAGCAAACAGGUCUUUUACAUCUGUGAGAAGAGAGUCAGACCCUAUUCUUCUAUUGGCUUCUAAGCUUUAAUUGAUGACUGUUUCCUAUAUUUAACCAUAAUGGUGGUUCUGACAGCCUGUAAUUAUUGUCUGGAGCAUUUUAAUGAAACAUUUUAACUGGUAUUUCUGAAAUGUGAAAGUAAGCAGAAUAAAGUAACAGUGAAGUGA